AGCUUUUGAAUGCUAUACAACUCCUUGUUUUGUGUUUGGUCCCGAUUUCAAUAUACUGAGGUUUUGCCCCAUUGUUCAAAAGCAAGCCAUUGAUUAUUCCCAACAGAUUUCCUUUGUGCUCGAAUACCUCUCCUACACUUUUCUUACGGCCAUUAUAAUCUUAAUCUUUAUCAUCUUUCAAGAAUAGAAGUUAUUGAAAAUGGCAAGUGGUGGAGCAUCUUCAGCGGUGGUAGAUCGCGUGUAUGAUGUCAUCAUUGCCGGCGCAGGUCUCUCGGGUUUGACCACAGCAAUGCGCAUGUUGGAGCAACGCCCUCAAACGAGUGUUCUCUUGCUGGAAAGCAGCGCGCACCGCAUCGGGGGACGCAUUCUGUCGCCGCAGGGCGCGGACCUUGGACCCGCGUGGAUUUGGCCACACGCACAGCCGCGUAUGAUGCGCCUACUACGAGAUUUGGAUCAGCAAAAUUCAUCAGCUACUCCUGGGCAAGCCAGGGAUAACGAUUCCAAAAAGAAUAAUCGGAAACCGUUGUUACCCCUGAUACCUCAAGAAAGUGGAUUCGGCGGAGAAGCUCGCAUGCGAGGAGGCCUUGGCAGGUUGAUUGAAGAGCUGAAGAGGCGUGUAGAGCAGGACGUGGAUCAGGAGAUGGAUGCUAAAGUAGUCAAGAUCGUAGAAGAGCAACAUAUUUCUCAUAGGGGGACUAGUGGUUCCGAAGAUGUGUCGAGGACGUCUCCGUCGGGUGCUGGUGCUAUUGAAACGGCUGCAGACACAGGUGGAACUCGCCCAACAGUGGUUGCCGUGCACACAGCUGACGGGCGCGUUUUUCGUGCACGACAGGUGGUUCUGGCUUUCCCACCCAAAAAGGUGCUGAGUGACGUGAAAUUCGCUCAGAAUGACGGUAAAAACGGCUUGGAAGUGGAAAACAACACGCCGUUGAACCUAUCGCGCCACGUAAAGCAGCAAAUGGCGAAUCAGCCGGUUUGGAUGGGCCCAGCGGGAAAAAUUGCUUUGUUUUAUCGAGAAAAGUGGUGGAGUCCGGAUGCAUUGAUGCGAACGCAAUUACCCUUACCACGGGGCACGGGGACUGGCGACUCGUACUCGAAGAUCCACCCGCAACAUCAACCGCACGCCUUUCAGGCCUACGACGCUGGGAGCGUUAUCGUGGACGGUGAGCCAAUGCAUGUUUUGGUCGCCUUUGUGGCCCUGGGCAGCAACAACCAGAGCCUCCUUGCACAAGAUUAUCAAGCCUGGACACAAAAGUACGUUAGUGGCAACGGAAAACAUGCGGAAACCAUCGUCGAUAACGGCAGCACAGCCUAUCAAAAGCUGGUUCUAGCGAACGUGUUAGAGCAAUUAGAGCGUGAUUCAAAAAUAAUUUCUGCUAAUAAAGGAAAUACAUUAGGCGCAAAGCCUUCAAGCAGUUACGCUCCUUCCCCGGAUAUGGUCACAUUCAAGGCGUGGCGUAAUGACACAGACAUUAUGCCGGAGAGUGACCAGAAUAUGGCCUUUCCCCAACACCCGCAUGACAUUCGCGGACUCAACAAUGAACAUCCUGGACGAGCUAUCUGGUUCGCGAGCUCAGAAGCCGCAGAAGACUGGACGGGCAUGCUGGAGGGUGCAGUGAUUGCUGGAGAGCUAGCGGCAGACGUCGUUAUAGAGAAGUUGCAGGAGACGGCAAGUGAUGUGGAGUUGCAGGAAAAGAAAAUCCAAUAUCAAAGAAGAGACGGCAAGUGAUAUAGAGUUGUAGGAAAAGAAAAUCCAAUAUUAUAUACUAUAGAAGUAUAAUGGAUGAAAGAAGUAGAAGUAAGCAGAAGCACAUCACGCACGUUCGGUCUAUAUGUCUAUGUGCAUUAAGUACCUAUACGGUGCAGAGAAAAACUACCAAUUUGACAAUAUUACCUAGACUCCAAUAAAUUAAGAAUAUGGCAAUAUUAGACUAAAUUACAAGAGCAAGGCCAACUACAUGAUUGAGCUUACGUCGUAUUUCGUCGGCUGCGAAAGCAACGUUUCGAUCUAUGCGAUGUUGACGUACCAGAAACCUUUUCGAUCUAUGCGAUGUUGACCCAGUAUAUGGCAUGGAACUACAUUACAAUAUUAGAAUUGUGUCGUGGAAGAGAUGACGGAUGACUCAGUUUUCU